GGCAGGCGGGCGGCGCGGGGCUGCCGGGGAGGGGGAGGGGGCGGCACUUCCGGUCGGGCCCUCGGGUCUCCCCGGAGCGGCGGCGCCUCCUCCGCCUCCUCGGCCUCCUCCCGGCGGAGACCCCUGCGCCGGCUCUGCCGUCGCCCACCCCGCCCGAGAUGGAGGCAAACGCAGCGGGCGGUGCCGCCGGGGGCGGUGGGGGCAGCGGCAUAGGGGGCGAGGACGGGGUUCACUUCCAGAGCUACCCCUUCGACUUUCUGGAGUUCCUCAACCACCAGCGCUUCGAGCCCAUGGAACUGUACGGGGAGCACGCCAAGGCGGUGGCCGCCCUGCCCUGCGCCCCCGGGCCGCCGCCCCAGCCCCCGCCCCAGCCCCCUCCGCCCCAGUACGACUACCCGCCCCAGGCGACCUUCAAACCCAAGGCGGAGGCGCCGUCCUCGUCGUCGUCCUCCUCGUCGUCGUCCUCGUCGUCGUCCUCCUCGUCGUCGUCCUCCUCGCAGGCCAAGAAGCCCGACCCGCCCCUGCCGCCCGCCUUCGGGCCCCCUCCGCCCCCCCUAUUUGAUGCUGCCUUCCCCGCCCCGCAGUGGGGCAUCGUCGACCUGUCUGGACACCAGCACCUUUUUGGGAACCUGAAACGCGGAGGGCCCGCGACCGGGCCGGGGGUGACCCCGGGGCUGGCCUCUCCCACCGGGACCCCGGGGCCGCUUCCCGCCCCCUCACAGACCCCUCCGGGGCCCGCCGCAGGGGCGGCGGCCUGCGACCCGGCCAAGGACGACAAGGGCUACUUCCGGAGGCUCAGACCGAUGGAGCGGCGCUUCCCCUGCGGCGUGUGCCAGAAGUCCUUCAAGCAGUCCUCGCACCUGGUGCAGCACAUGCUGGUGCACUCCGGCGAGCGGCCCUACGAGUGCGGCGUCUGCGGCCGAACCUACAACCACGUGUCGCUCAUCCGCCACCGCCGCUGCCACAAGGACGUGCCGCCCGCUCCGGGGGCCCGCCGCAGCCCGGGCGCCCCUCCCGCCGCUGGGCCUGCCGGCGGCCCGCGGCCGGCGCCCCCACCCGCCGCCCCCCCCCGUGCCCUAUCCGGCCCUCCCGCCCCGCCCCCAGCCGCCGCCGCCGCAGCCGCCGCCGGAGCCGGAGCCGCCGUGGCCUCCGGCGUGGCGGAGGCGGCCGGAGCCCCCGCCGGGGUGGGCGUGCCCCCUCCCGCGGCGGGGGGCGGCGAGGGCCCGUUUGCCUGCCCGCUGUGCUGGAAGGUCUUCAAGAAGCCCAGCCACCUCCACCAGCACCAGAUUAUCCACACCGGCGAGAAGCCCUUCUCCUGCUCCGUGUGCAGCAAGAGCUUCAACCGCAGGGAGAGCCUCAAGCGGCACGUGAAGACGCACUCUGCCGACCUCUUGCGCCUGCCGUGCGGCGUCUGCGGGAAGGCCUUCCGCGACGCCGCCUACCUGCUCAAGCACCAGGCGGCCCACGCGGGCGCGGGCGCGGCGGGACCCCGGCCCGUGUACCCCUGCGACCUGUGUGGCAAGUCGUACUCGGCGCCCCAGAGCCUGCUCCGCCACAAGGCGGCGCACGCCCCGCCCGCCACCGCCCCGGACGCGCCCAAGGACGCGGCGGCCGCCGUCGCGCAGCCCCCGCCAGCCUUCCCUGCGGGCCCCUACCUCCUGCCCCCGGACCCUCCGGCCACGGACAGCGAGAAGGCCGCGGCGGCCGCGGCGGCCGUGGUGUACGGCGCCGUGCCCGUCCCGCUCUUGGGGGCGCACCCGCUGCUGCUCGGCGGGGCUGGCACCAGCGCGGCGGGCGGCGCGGGCGCCAGCGUCCCCGGAAAGACUUUCUGCUGCGGCAUCUGCGGGCGGGGCUUCGGGCGACGCGAGACUCUGAAGCGCCACGAGCGCAUCCACACCGGCGAGAAGCCCCACCAGUGUCCCGUGUGCGGGAAGCGCUUCCGGGAGUCCUUCCACCUGAGCAAGCACCACGUGGUGCACACCCGCGAGCGGCCCUACAAGUGCGAGCUGUGCGGCAAGGUCUUCGGCUACCCGCAGAGCCUCACCCGCCACCGCCAGGUGCACCGCCUCCAACUGCCCUGCGCCCUGGCUGGGGCUGCGGGCCUCCCGGCCACGCAGGGUGCUCGCCCGGGGGCCUGUGGUCCGGGCGCCUCGGCCGCCUCUGCCGGGGCCGCCGAUGCCCUGAGCUAUGCCUGCUCGGACUGCGGCGAACACUUCCCGGAUCUCUUCCACGUGAUGAGCCACAAGGAGGCCCACAUGGCGGAGAAGCCGUACGGCUGCGAUGCCUGCGGCAAGACCUUCGGCUUCAUCGAGAAUCUCAUGUGGCACAAGCUGGUCCACCAGGCUGCCCCCGAGCGCCUGCUCCCGCCCACACCCGGGGGUCCCCAACCCCCGGAUGGCUCCAGCAGCGCCGACGCGGCCAGCGUGCUGGACAACGGGCUGGCGGGAGAGGUGGGGGCGGCCGUGGCUGCCCUGGCGGGGGUGUCCGGGGGUGACGACGCCAGCGGGACGGCGGUGGCGGGGAGCGGCGGGGGUGCCAGCUCGGGCCCUGAGCGCUUCAGCUGCGCCACGUGUGGCCAGAGCUUCAAACACUUCCUGGGCCUGGUGACUCACAAGUACGUGCACCUGGUGCGGCGGACCCUAGGCUGUGGCCUCUGCGGCCAGAGCUUCGCCGGUGCCUACGACCUGCUCCUGCACCGCCGCAGCCACCGGCAGAAGCGGGGCUUCCGCUGCCCGGUGUGCGGCAAGCGCUUCUGGGAGGCGGCCCUGCUGAUGCGCCACCAGCGCUGCCACACGGAGCAGCGGCCCUACCGGUGCGGCGUGUGUGGCCGAGGCUUCCUGCCUCCCUGGUACCUGCGGCAGCACCGCGUGGUUCACACCGGUCGAGCGCGCCUUCAGUGCGGCGUGUGCGCCAAGCGCUUCGCGCAGUCGUCCAGCCUGGCGGAGCACCGGCGGCUGCACGCCGUGGCCCGGCCCCAGCGCUGCGGCGCCUGCGGCAAGACCUUCCGCUACCGCUCCAACCUGCUGGAGCACCAGCGGCUGCACCUGGGGGAGCGCGCCUACCGUUGCGAGCACUGCGGGAAGGGCUUCUUCUACCUGAGCUCGGUGCUGCGCCACCAGCGCGCCCACGAGCCGCCGCGGCCCGAGCUCCGCUGCCCUGCCUGCCUCAAGGCCUUCAAGGACCCCGGCUACUUCCGUAAGCACCUGGCGGCGCACCAGGGCGGACGGCCCUUCCGCUGCUCCUCCUGUGGGGAGGGCUUCGCCAACACCUAUGGCCUCAAGAAACACCGCCUGGCGCACAAAGCCGAGGGCCUCGGGGGACCUGGGGCAGGGGCGGGCGCCUUGGCCGGAAAAGAUGCCUGACCAGGAGGGGGUUCCCAUCCGCCACUCCAAUCAGAUGUCCCCUCUCAACCCCUCCCCUCCUUCUCUCCAGUUGCUGAUCAGACUCUUAACCCCUCCUCGCUGUUGCCCAGCCAUCCUUCAGAACUUCGGACAGACUAGCCUCCUUGCAGGCUCAUGCCGCACAGACUCCGGUCCCGGACGUCUCUGGCCCUCCCCUCAGCCCGUCAGACACUGAACUUGACCCUCCGUCCAACUCCGUUUUGUAACCUUCAUCAGCGCCCCCUCCCCCAGCAGCAUUCUGUCCCCCGAUAAGCUUUGGUGGAGGAUGUGGGUCUGAACUGCCCUUCCCCAUUCCUUUGGGAUCUGGCUGGAACCGAGUAUGCGUGGAGUGGGGGGGGCACAAGGGGGACUGGGUGCUCUUUUGGAUUGUGGGGGUGGGGGCGGGGUGGUAGACGCGGCUUGUACAGAGCGGAGAAUAAUAAAUCGUAUCAACAGGG